AUGAUCAACACAAUCAACGGCAACCACCCCAAGGGCAAAUUCGUCAACUCAUACAAGUCCCUCCGCCUCGUCGGCAAAGGCUACGAUAUCUCAUACACAGUGCACUGCCACAAAAACGCGCACGAACUGUACAACCUAGCGAACGACCGCGUCCAAAUGAAGAACCUCCACCCUAAUGCUCCGGCCCCACUAAACGGAAAGAAUGCUUUCGACUCCGGGGAGACCACACUGGCAGGAUUCCCUAUACCAAAACUUCUCAAGCGCAUCGAUGCCGCACUGCUUGUGCUAAAGUCAUGCAAAGGAACUGCAAUCCCGUGCUACAAGCCUUGGGCGCAAUUGCACCAGAUUGGCCAAGUCAACAGUCUGCAUGAUGCCAUGGCCGAUCAAUGGGAUGAAAAGUACGAUAAGAUGUAUGAAGAGUACAAGGUUGGGUUUACGAAGUGUUUCAAGAAUGGGAAGGUUGACAUUGGGGCGGAGGGACCGCAGUGGACGGCGGACGGUCCUUCUGCUGGGAGCAAUGCUAUGGUACUGUUUAGCAACAGCACCGAUCCGGAUCAAUGGUCGACAUCGAGUAAUGGGACGGACGUUGACGAAAGCUGGUUUGUUGGGAAAGACGGGGAGGAAGAAGGUUUGUGGGAUGAUUGGGAGUGA